AUGAAGUAUCCCCCGAUCGAGAAAGAGGCUCUUGCUAUUGUGUGGGCCGUUGAGCGGUUCAGAAUUUACUUGAUCGGUAUCACGUUCGAGCUCGAAACUGAUCAUCGACCGCUAGAAACAGUGUUCACCAGAACAUCCAGGCCGACUCUGAGGAUCGAAAGGUGGCUUCUAAGGCUACAGGCGUUCACGUUUAAUGUGGUUUACCGCAAGGGCUCAGCCAAUCUGGCUGAUUGCCUGUCUAGAUUGGCUUCUCACGUGGAUGAUGUUUCCUGGAAUGAAGAGUCAGAGGUUUUUAUACGAAGAAUCGCGGUUGAGACGUUGGCUGUUUUGAUUGAUGAUCGGGAUGAUGAUUUCGAUGAAAACACGGAAGUUGAAAUCAAAGCGAUACAAGAAGCCGCUGCCAUCGAUAUAACAGAAGUUGUGAAGGAAACCAAAAGUGACGAAGAACUGAGCGCAGUACAGAAGGCGAUUAUGACACACGACUGGGGAAACUCGGUAGUGAAACCGUACGUCGCAUUUCAGAACGAACUGAGCUACAUAAACGGGUUGGUCAUGAGAGGUUCAAAACUGGUCGUGCCUCGGACAUUGCGUAGUCGUAUGUGCCAACUGGCGCACGAGGGCCAUCCUGGCCAAUCAGUUAUGAAAAGUCGAUUGCGUGACAAAUACUGGUGGCCCAACAUGGACGGAGAGACAGUAAAGCUCUGCGAGUCUUGCGAGGGAUGCCGUUUAGUGCAUUGUGCGAAUCCACCGGAUCCCAUGAGCAGACGGUCGCUACCAGAAAAGCCGUGGAUUGAUCUGGCGAUCGACUUUCUCGGUCCGAUGCCUAGCGGCGAAUAUAUCCUUGCAAUAAUCGAUUAUUACAGCAGGUAUAUGGAGCUUGAAAUCAUGACCAAAAUCACAGCGCAGGAGACGAUUCUGAGGCUAAAAAGGAUCUUUAGAACGUGGGGUUAUCCGAGAACAAUCACCUUGGAUAAUGGCAAACAGUUCGUUUCCAAGGAAUUUGGAAAUUUCUGCAAAACGUUAGAACCCAAUUGGAAAACGGAGCUCGACGACUACCUGAUCCUUUAUAACAAUUCGCCUCACAGCGUGACUGGCCAAGCACCGAGUGAACUUCUCCAAAACAGGAAACUCCGCUAUAAACUACCCCAAUUGGAUGACCUCAGCUCAACACCACCAAGUACCGAAUUCCGCGAUCGUGACACUCAAAAGAAAUUCGAAGGAAAAAUACGAGAGGACAAUAGGCGAGGAGCGAAACGUAGCGAGAUAGAAAUCGGUGACAAAGUUUUGAUGAAGAACCUGCUACCGAAAGACAAGCUCUCCACCGACUUCCACAAAGAGAAGUUCUUGGUUGUAGACAAAGAAGGUACAAAUGUCACGAUCGAAUCGGAUGAAAAUGAUAAACGCUACGAACGUAAUACAUCUCAUUUGCGCAAGAUCACAGAACCUCUGAACAUGACGCCUCGGCGGGAGUAUCCAGUGGAUCAUCAGAUGGAAGCAUUGAUUAGUCCACCUCACUCGCCACAGGUACAACACCCGUUUCACCACGCGAGUCCAUUGAUUGCUACGGAGCAGAUCGAACAGAAAUCGGGGACUAUCAAGAUGCAGUUCCGGUCCGUAGAUCAUCUCGAAUACCGAAACCGAAGUGUCGUUACAGUCCUUAAGUUUCAGUUAAAAUUAAGACUUUUCAAUCAGUAGAGUAGAAUACUUCAAAUGUUAAAAUCUAGUUUAUUGUCGAUUAAAGCUUAAAAGUAUAAAUAAAAAAGGGUAGAUGUGGUACCCUUGGUCUUCGUCUAUGAGUAUGUGUGUUUCGGGCAAGUCGCGAGACAGUCAACUCGGCUUCGUCAGUCUUACUCUACACCUCGUGUCAAGCAGUCGCU